UAGAUGGCUUUGUCGAAUCACAACAAUGGCGGCUUUUAAAAACAUCAAAAUGCAAUUUGUACAACUCCGGGUUUUACUUAAAAAAUCAUCCCCGUGUUUACAAUUAAAUCUCUGUAGGUUUAAAUACAAUGAAGCUGUUUCUGUCAAAUCAGUUCUUCGUGAUCAUCCUGUUGGUUCCGACAUUGUUGUUAAAGGUUGGGUGAAGUCCUUAAGGAAGCAAAAAUCAAACACCUUUAUGCAUAUUAGCGAUGGAUCAGUUGAACAAAUUCAAGUUGUAAUUCCUUCAUCUGUAUGUGAUGAAGACUGCUGCUUUAACUCAGCUGUUGAAAUAAGUGGCAAGGUAGUGGUUAGUCCAAAACCUAAUCAGCCUGUAGAAAUUCAAGGUGAAACAGUUAAAGUUGUGGGUAAAUUAGACUUGCAGUCCUUUCCAUUUGGCCCACGAAAAUACUAUGCACCUGAAUAUGUCAGACAACAGAUUCAUCUGAGACCUAAAACCAACAUAUACUCAGCAAUUCUCAGGCUUUCGAGUCUUAUAACCAAUGCAUUGCAAACUACCUUGAUUCAAGAUAAUUUUGUCAGUGUCUUCACCCCAAUUCUUACCUCUAAUGACUGUGAAGGGGCAGGAGAAGUAUUUCUUACUAGACCGGCAUCGGAUGAAAUGUGCCGUGAAAUGGGAGGCAAUAGAAAACUAGAAGAAUCCUAUUUCAAUAAGAAAGUUUACCUGACAGUAUCUGGCCAGCUUCAUUUGGAGGCAAUUGCAGGAGGCAUUUCCAAAGUUUUCACUCUGGGACCAACAUUUCGUUCGGAAAACUCAAGAUCUCGAAGGCAUUUAGCUGAAUUUCGAAUGCUCGAAGCUGAAAUUGCGUUUUGUAAUGAUCUGCAGCCCAUUCUAUCAACGAUCGAAAGCUUAGUGAAACAUUCCGCAAAAGUCAUCCUGGAACACGGAUCCCUAGACCUGAUAACAGUGGGGAAAUAUUACAAUGAAAAUUUAGAGGAAUCACUAAAUGAGGUGUUAAAAUCACCUUUUACCACAAUCAGCUACAGAGAAGCUAUGGAGUUGUUGUUAAAUAAUCGAGAUUCAUUUAAAACUCCACCUCGAGACGGAGCCGAUAUAGGAUCGGAACACGAAUUGUUUCUAGUCAAACAUAUGGGAGGGCCGACUUUUCUUGUUGACUGGCCAGCGAAAAUCAAACCCUUUUAUAUGCGAACAAAUAACGACGAUAAUAGUCUGGUUUCUUGUGUUGAUCUACUAGUGCCUGGAGUUGGGGAACUGUGUGGGGGAAGUCUACGAGAAAACAGAUACGACAUUCUCAAGAGUCGAUUGGAAUCGCUUAACCUAGAAGAGUCACUUAGUUGGUAUCUUGAUUUAAGAAAAUUUGGUGGAUCUCCAACUGGUGGUUUUGGGAUGGGUGUUGAAAGACUUAUUUCUUAUUUGUUGAAAAUACCUAACGUGAAAGACAUUGUACCUUUCCCACGGACCCCCCACAACUGCCCAAUGUAAAUUAUGAAUAGAUUGAAAUCUGCUGCAAAUACAUUAUUUGUAAUUGAAAAUAA